UUUUCCGUCUUUGGGCCCACCUGUCAAAAUACCCCCGAGUCAUUUUUUCUCCUAUGCUGCGGUUCGGCCGGUCGGGUGCGCUCGGGUGAGGAAGGGAACAGAGUCUCCUUCCUCUGCGCGCCGCGCCGCGCCGCCCCUCACCGUCGAGCUCGCUGCCGCGCGACUCCUCCCGCCAAGCUGCGCCGCGCCCCUCCCCGUCGGCAUCGCAGCCGCGCCGGGAUUCCUUAUCCCCCCAGGACCGCGCGACGCCGCCUCCCCGUCUCCGGCCGCCGCGGCCUGAGCAGCUCCGCGCGGCGGCGAGACCUCGCCGGUGUUGCCUCGCAAGCCGGCCACGCCAACCGCGACAGCUGCACGCAGGCAGUCGAGGCAGCUUACAGGGAAUCCAAAAGCCAGGCUCGGCGCCCCCACAUCUCGCUGGAUUGGCUGGCCUCCUCUCUUCGGUCUGACAUGAUCUCCUCCUCGCUCUUCUCGCGCCCCCGCCUCGCCCCGCGCCCCGCAUCCGCCGCGGCCUCCCCCUGCCGCGCCCGCCUCGCGGUCGGCAGCGGCGGCGCGCGCGGGCUCGCGGCCGGCGUGCGGUGCCAGGCGCAGGCGGGGGACAUGGACGCGCACUACAUGCGGCGGUGCGUCGAGCUGGCGUGGACGGCAGCCGGGCACACCAGCCCCAACCCCAUGGUGGGCUGCGUCAUCGUCAGCGAAGGCCAAGUCGUCGGCGAGGGAUUCCACCCCAAAGCCGGGCAGCCCCACGCCGAGGUAUUUGCUUUGAGGGACGCAGGGCAUUUAGCAGAGAAUGCAACAGCUUAUGUGAGUCUGGAGCCCUGCAACCACUACGGGAGAACCCCUCCCUGCACUGAAGCACUCAUCAAAGCCAAAGUUAAGGAGGUUGUGGUGGGGAUGACUGACCCAAAUCCUAUUGUAGCAUCCAAAGGGAUUGAAAAACUCAGAAAUGCCGGCAUAGAUGUAAGGGUUGGCGUGGAGGAAGCAUUAUGUCUCAGAUUAAAUGAGGCUUACAUUCACCGUAUGCUUACUGGGAAGGCCUUUGCAACUUUGAGAACUACACUCUCGAUGAACGGAACUGUCAUAAAUCAAAUUGGGAGCGGAGCUGAUCAACCAGGAGGAUACUACUCGCAACUAGCGAAAGAAUACGACGGAGUUAUAAUUUCAAGCGACAUGGCCAAGGCGACUACCUUACCAAUAUCACGCGAGGCUGGCGCAAAGCAGCCUCUUUACAUCAUCAUAGCGCAGGGAGAAGGUUCCAAAGUACACAUCCCGUUUCUCAAUGAAGAGUCUGCAUCUAACGCCAUAGUCCUGGCUGAUAGUCCCGUCGCCGUGGAGCCAUCGGGAGUCAGCGUCUCAGUCCUCGACCAGAUGAACCUAGAGUCCAUCCUCCGACUUCUCGCGGAUCGAGGGUUGUGCAGUGUGCUGGUUGAUUUCCGAGAUGCCGGAGGCGUCCUGGUGCCGCUGCUGAGCAAGUUUCAAGAGGACAAGCUGGUGCAGAAGGUUGUUGUGGAGCUCUCACCUGUCUGGGUGGUGAGCCCAGGGCCGAGCGACCUGGCGUUUGGUGGCAGCCAGUCGUUUCCACUCAAGAACGUGGAGCACAAGGAGGUGAAUGGAACUUUGCUGCUUGAGGGAUAUUUGUAGCAUCUUAUCUUUUCUGUCUGAGGAUUUGUGGCCUCCUGUUGUAAACACCGAGCCAUGUGAACUUAAGCCUGAACCCGCGUCCGCUUUGGAGUCGCACUACACCGCUUUAUAGUUUCACUUGGAGUAAUGAGCGGUCAAA